CCUUGGGAGUGGGAGGAGACUUGCGGAUGUCUUUCAACGUGGUUCAUCUCCUUCAGUCAGUGUGCUUGUAGCUGCCUACCGGCAAAUCCGCUUUUUCACAGCUUCGGUCACCAGCUUCGGUCCAGUAGUUAAACCAUGAAGAUCUGGACAUCAGAGCAUAUAUUCAACCAUCCUUGGGAGACGGUGACCAAGGCUGCUAUGCAGAAGUAUCCCAACCCCAUGAACCCCAGUGUGAUUGGAGUGGAUGUACUGGACAGAAACAUCGACAAACAGGGACGCCUCCACAGUAAAAGACUGCUCAGCACAGAGUGGGGUCUUCCGUCUAUAGUCAAAUCUAUCAUCGGUAACACACGAACGUGCACAUAUGUUCAGGAGCACUCGAUUGUGGAUCCCAGAGAGAAGACUUUCGAACUUCAGUCCACAAAUAUCACUUUCACAAACAUGGUGUCUGUGGAUGAGCGGUUAACAUACAAGCCACACCCUGAGGAUCAAGACAAAACAAUACUUACUCAGGAGGCUAUCAUCUCUGUGAAAGGAGUCAGUCUCAGCAGCUACUUGGAAGGAGUUAUGGCCAGCACCAUCUCAACCAAUGCUGGAAAGGGCCGUGAAGCCAUGGAGUGGGUAAUCAGGCGACUGAAUGCAGAAAUCGAAGAGUUGGCAGCCACAGCACGCGGGACCAUACGCACUCCCAUGGCUGCUGCCGUCACAGAGAAAUGACACCUGCCUCUCCUUUCUGGAAGAGUCUGAGACAAAGUGCAUGUCGGUACAACCUGCCUCCCUUUAUGAUGCUCUGGUGCUGUUUUGAUACUCUGGAGUUUUUGUAUUAUUUAAGGGUACAAUUCAGUCAUUUCAUAUACUUUACUAUCUACAUUAGAUAUAUUUUUUAAUACCAAACAGCAACAUAAAGGGAUUCCGUGGAGUGUUUUCAGGCGAUGCAGCAUUGCUGGACCACAAGGUUGGAGAGACGUGGGGAAGAAAAGUGUGUUGCAUGUUCAGGGACAGAACCACUGUGUUUGGAAACAGCAUUGAAGCUUUGGCAAAGAGGUGCCAGAGCACCUGGUGAACUGAAAACACAAGAAAAGCGCCAAAGUGCAAAAACACUUCUUUUUUUUGUCCAGCCCCUUGAAAGCACCUUUACCAGCUGUGGUUUCACCUGGUCAAAAAGACAUCAAAAUGCCAGCAAGUCUUGUCUCACAUGAACUCUGUGUUUACAGACAGAGUGACAGGGCUAACCGUUAUGGUGAGGGGUUUAUACAUGAUUGUGACAGGAUGACAGAAAACAAUGCCUUGUUAAGGCAGGGAUCAAGUACAAUGCAUGUCAGGGUGGUUUCAGGUGUCAGAGAGUAAAUGGUUGGGUUGAUUAACACGAUAUUGAAAUGUUUCACCAUCAGGUUUAUUUGUAUAGGAAAGCCAUCUCAAUGUUUUCUUGCAGGACCUCAGCAAUAACAAGACUCUCUGUAUUUUGUUAUUAUGUGAUGACUAAUAUUGUUAUUAAAGUAUUUAAGUGAAGGGAUCAAAAUAAUUUUCAUAUUAGGUGGAAGACCUUCUCAAAUGUUGAGUUAGUUCCAUACUGUAGCUAAACCUGUUUGCUGAACUCAGACAGUUUUAUCAGUAAACAGUCCUCAGCAUGUCUUCUCUGUAUAUUUGUGCACUUACAAAUUAAUAUAUUUUAACAUAAAAAGCUGCUAAACAUGCUGACAGUACUGAUAAUCUGUGGAUAUUCUGGUAUCACCCUUUAAGAGAGUAAAUGUGGUUACAGUUUGCAUUUGAGGUGGUCUUCAUAUAAUGGACAGCUGUUUGGUGAUGGUGAAAGCUUUAGUUUCUUUUAAUAUAUUUCUUUUUUUUUAUUACCUGUAACAGGAAUAUUUAUUGAAGAAAUGGUUGGUAGUGAAGUAGUGAGGUGUGAUAUCAUCUUUAGUUAAAAAUUGUAAAUUAUGCAUUUUGUACCUCUAGGUAAAAACAAAACAAAUGGGUUUACCAAGUUCAAAAUGUGACAAUAAAAUGAAACGUUUUAA